ACACACCCAUUAGUCUACAGGCAACGGGAAGAAGACGAGUCAGAACAGAAUUCCGAAAAUUUGGAACCCGGGUCUCCUCUCUCUAGACCUCGAGCGGGAGUCCGGAGCAAUUGGCGAUGGAAUCAGCUACUACAUCUCUUGUAGGCACAGGCAUAUCAACUCCUCGCUGGAAUGUGGAUCGACCUUUCCUUACCGGCCGGUUCCACCAGGAAACAAAAUCCACAUUUCACGAACCUUCCAGUUCUGGAGUGGAUAAGGCAAUAUGUUGCUACCAUGCUGCCAUUCAGGAACUGAUAGUUAUUGAUGAUCUUUUGUCUGCAUUGGUUGGGAUUGAAGGACGCUAUAUUUCAAUUAAAAGAGCCCAAGGGAAGGAAAAUAGUAUAUCUUUUCAGGUUGAUGUAUCUAUGGAUCUUGCACUCCAGGAAUCUUCAAAAAGGCUGUUCCCCUUAUGCGAGAGUUAUUUGCUGAUCAACCAAUUUAUUGAGACAAGAUCGCAGUUCAAGACUGGCUUAGUUAAUCAUGCCCUUGCAGCUGCUCUAAGAUCACUUCUUCUGGAUUAUCAUGCCAUGGUGGCUCAGCUCGAGCAUCAGUUUCGUUUAGGAAAGCUUUCUAUUCAAGGAUUAUGGUUCUAUUGUCAGCCAAUGAUGGGUUCAAUGCAAGCUUUGUCCACUGUGGUGAAAAAGGCUUCUUGCAGUAAUAUCUUGGGUUCAGCUGUCAUUAAUCUCUUGCAAAGCCAGGCCAAGGCCAUGUCCGGUGAUCAUGUAGUCAGGUCUUUGCUGGAAAAGAUGUUGCAGUCAGCAAGCAGUGCAUAUCUUGGGAUACUCGAAAGGUGGGUGUAUGAAGGAAAGAUUGAUGACCCGUAUGGAGAAUUUUUUAUUGCUGAGAACAAGUCUCUUCUUAAGGAGAGUCUCACUCAAGAUUAUGAUGCCAAGUAUUGGCAACAGUGUUACACCCUCAAGGGUGAUAUUCCAAGCUUUAUAGCAAAUGCUGCUGAAACAAUUUUAACCACAGGAAAAUAUUUGAAUGUCAUGAGAGAGUGUGGACACAGUAUUCAGGUCCCAGUGGCAGAAAAUUCGAAGUUGACUAGUGUUAGUUCAAACCACCAUUAUCUUGAGUGCAUCAAGGCUGCUUAUGAUUUUGCCAGUGGUGAGUUACUAAACCUAGUUAAAGAGAAGUAUGAUCUUAUGGCAAAGUUGCGGUCUAUCAAGCACUACCUCCUCCUUGAUCAGGGUGAUUUCUUGGUUCACUUCAUGGAUAUAGCCAAAGAGGAGCUCAUGAAGAAGCCAGAUGAGAUUUCAGUGGAGAAGCUUCAGUCUCUUUUGGAUCUUGCCUUGCGAACCACAGCUGCUGCUGCUGACCCAUGCCAUGAGGACUUGUCAUGUUGUGUGGAGAGAACAACUUUGCUAAAAAGGUUGAGUAUGCUAAAAGAUCUUGAAGUUAAUCAGCUUGUUUCAGACAGCCAUAAUUUAGAUGAACCAGUGAGCAUCACUGGCUUGGAAACAUUUUCUUUGAACUACAAGGUUCAAUGGCCUUUGUCCCUUGUAAUUUCAAGGAAGGCUUUGACAAAGUACCAGCUAAUAUUUCGCUUUCUAUUUCACUGUAAACAUGUUGACCGGCAGCUCUCUGGGGCAUGGCAAGUACAUCAAGGUUUCCGGAAACUUGAUAUGCAUGGCACGGCAAUCUCUGUAUCAUCAUUACUAUGUCGCAAUAUGCUAAAGUUUAUUAACAGCCUCCUACACUACCUUACAUCUGAGGUUAUCGAGCCUAAUUGGCAUGUGAUGCAGAACAGACUUCAAACUGCAAAAAGCAUUGAUGAGGUAAUACACUACCACGAUUUUUUCCUUGACCAGUGUUUGAGGGAAUGCUUGCUUCUUUCACCCUCUAUUCUCAAGAAGGUCGAGCGUUUAAAAGCAAUAUGCCUACAGUAUGCAGCAGCUACACAACGGUUAAUUACUGCUGCCUUUGAGGUUCCCAUGGCUCCUCAGAUGGAAAAGUUUAACCGUUUAAAACUAAGAACCAAAUCACAGAUGCUGAAGCCAGCAACAGAAGAUUCCACAGUAUUUGGAUCCAUUAUGUGAGUUAGCACGAUGACCCCCCCACCNUUUAAAUGCAGAAGGUCGAGCGUUUAAAAGCAAUAUGCCUACAGUAUGCAGCAGCUACACAACGGUUAAUUACUGCUGCCUUUGAGGUUCCCAUGGCUCCUCAGAUGGAAAAGUUUAACCGUUUAAAACUAAGAACCAAAUCACAGAUGCUGAAGCCAGCAACAGAAGAUUCCACAGUAUUUGGAUCCAUUAUGAAGUUUGAGAGGGAAUUCACAGCCGAGCUUCAGAGCUUAGGACCAAUUUUUAGCAGUGGGUCUCGCGCAGAGCCGUAUUUAACUCAUCUUGCACAGUGGAUUCUUGGGGUAGGAAAUGACCAAUAAGUUGCAUUGUUUUUUUUGUUUUUCUGAUUACUAAUUAUUUCGCCAUUCAUGUUGAACUGGUUAUGUCAUUAAUGAAAGUUUGAUUCAAAAGUUUCCACUUUUCAUAUAUUUUUUUCUCUUUACCUAAUAAUUAAAUUGUAUUUUGAGCCAAAAUGUGGAAUAGAAAGUUGAAGUUGUG